AGCUAAACAGACUAGUGAGAAGAUAAAGCAAACAUGCUGGCACUGUUCUUUAUGCAGCUCUUGCCUAUAGCUACAUGUCAUACACGUAUGAAAAGAUAAAACUUAGAGCUGCCAUAUUGCGGAUUCCCACGCAAGACUCUUGUUCUGGCCUUAGCACAAGCCUGGAGCACUCUUGAGAUUUGGCAGGAAAAUGUUAGCUGUGUUCGAGAAAGCAAUUGGAAACCCGCCCGAGGAGUUGAGUCUUCCCUCAACUGGGUUGAAAAAUUCUAAAAGCCGGCAAGACAUCGCGGAAAAUUUUCAGUCACUAUGGCCGGACUCAACAUUUUACAACCUUUCAAAUGGGAAUUUCAUGGCUGUGUCACAUGAAGAUGAGAGUCCAUUGCUACCUAGGUCUAUAGUUGUCAUAGAUGACAUCUUCUGCAUAUUUAUUGGGACUCUAGAGAACAUGAGUGAACUUAAGCGACAUUAUGGCCUUUCAAGACAAGCAACAGAAGCAAUGGUUCUGAUUGAAGCUUAUAAGGUCCUAAGGGAUCGAGCACCAUAUCCACCUGAUCAAGUCAUCAAAGAUCUUGAAGGAAAAUUUGCGUUUGUUCUCUUUGAUGCCAGGUCUCAUAUCCCUUUUGCAGGCAGGGAUCGGGAUGGUAGCGUCAAUUUCAAAUGGGGAAUGACUGGAGACGGGUCCUUGAUAUUUUCUGAUGAUCCCAAUCUUAUUGAAGAAGCUUGUGGGAAAUCUUGCUCUGCAUUUCCUCCAGGAUGUAUUUUUAUGGAGGGAAGCGGGCUUGUUAGCUUUGUGCAUCCGCUUCAUAAGGUUCGAGCAAUUGUGCGUGAAGACGAUGAUGGAAAAAUUUGUGGAGUUACUUUUCAGGUGGACUUACUCACACGGCUUCACAGCAUUCCGCGUACGGGUAGUGCUGCGAAUUGGGCAGACGUUGCCGUUGUUGAGGCAGAAUGAUGUGUCGCCGGGUGAGAGAAUGGACUGAACUCUGUAAACUAGUGUUAUAAAUCCCUAAAAAGUUGAAAUGGACUUGUUUAUGAAUGUCUGAUAAACCAGUGGCUAUGUGCCUGAAAUUUCUGGAAAUUACGUGUUAUCAGAAACUUGUUUUAAGGUGA